CACACACACACACACACACACACACACACACACACACAGAGAGGGAGGGAAACAGUUAGUGUCUCCAUGAUUCCACUGUUGAAUUUUUAAAGCUGUUGUGGAACUUUGUUGUCCUGCCGGGUCACUGUGGCGGGUGAAGGGGUAGUGUUACACACACACACACACACACACACACACACACACACACACACACACACACACACACACACACACACACACACACACACACACAGAAAGUGAGGAGAGUGCAAGCAGUGGUGUGGUCUGGUGAGGUGUGACAGAUCUUUGCAGGAUUGUCAGACGAUGCUGUCACCAUAGCAACAUGAACAACAACAUCCACACAGACCAGGAGGUCCAGCGGCGGCGAGGCAGUCCACCCACCCGUCCCGCCCAGCUGGUCCAGCAGCCUCCAGGCCCCUGCCAGGGGUGCCUGCCCGCCGGCAGCUACCGGCCGGCCCCGGAGCAGCAGGGCCCCCGGCGCAGGCAUCCUCCCCUGGGACAGUCUGCGUCCUACAACCCCGGAGACAAGUCCCUCCACUACCGAGCGCACUGGAGCUCGGACUCGGACGAGGACUCGCAGAGCGACUGGGAUUGUGUCUACAGGGUGAUGUUGCUCGGCGACCACGGCGUGGGAAAGAGCAGCCUUGCCGGAAUCUUCGCGGGUGUCACGGAGAAAGAGGAGCCCCCUGGAGAGGACGUCUACGAGAGGACGCUGACGGUGGACGGCAAGGAAACCACGCUCGUCGUCAUGGAUACGUGGGGCGGCGACAAGCUGGAGGAAGACGGCCGCCCCGGUCAAGACGAGUGCCUGAAGGCGGGGAGCGCCUACAUCAUCGUCUACUCCGUCACCGACCGCUCCAGCUUCGACGCCGCCGCCGAGCUGCGCAUCACGCUGCGGCGCAUCCGGCAGGCGGAGGACCUUCCCAUCAUCCUGGUGGGCAACAAGAGCGACCUGGUGCGCUCCAGGGAGGUGGCGGUGGAAGAGGGCCGAGAGUGUGCGGUGGUCUUUGACUGCAAGUUCAUCGAGACGUCGGCGUCGUUGCAGCACAACGUGAGCGAGCUGUUCGAGGGCGUGGUGCGCCAACUCCGCCUGCGCCGCCACGCCGCCGACGCGUCCCAGCGCAGACGCGUCGUCCGCGACAAGCGCAAGGAGAGCAUUACCCAGAAGGCUCGGCGCUUCCUGGACCGCCUGGUGGCCCGCAACAAUCAGCGCGUGGCCCUGAAGGUGAGAUCCAAGAGCUGCCACGACCUGGCCGUCCUGUGAGGACACUCAAGAUCUGGAACUACCUUUUAGGGUUUAAUUGACUUCACCUGUCCCUCGGACUCUGACAAGUCCUUUGGGAGAAAAACUAAGUCCAAAACUCCAAAAAUGAGCCACUAAACACAUCUUGACAAAUCUUUGUGGAGGACAUGGACCCCUACAUUCAAAGGUGUUUUCCACUCCUUGAUGCACGUGACUACCACCUACAGGACUGGAGUGGUGCGACCAAGCCGUUGUUUUCCUCCUUUUAUUCACGGCCAAAUGUUUUCAAAUGUGUCCAUGCUGAUGAUGUUCCUCUUCUCUAAUGUACAGUAUUAAAGGUGGUUUACAUGACAAACACACAAA